AUGGGUCACUGGCGUAAGGAUCGCCGCUCUCGGUCAACGUUCCGGCUACUGGGGCUGGUCACCCUGGCGUACGGCUGCGGCUUGGUGAUGCAGGGGUUUGCCAGGUGGCGGAGCAGCAAUGAGGGUCCCCCGACCACAGACCUCCUUACAGCGGGCAAGGGGCAGGCGGCUUCUAGCUGCCCCCUCUGCCUGGAGGAGGUUCGCGAGACCAGCUGCACCCCCUGUGGCCACAUGUUCUGCUGGAGCUGCAUCAUGGAGUGGCUACAGGACAAGCGGGAGUGCCCCCUGUGCCGGGAGGCCCUGGGCCCAUCGCGAGUCGUCCUGCUCAGGAACUACCUGUCGUAG